AUGGCAAGCUUCCAGAGCCCAGAGACGGUCUCCAGUGGAGCCUCCCCAAAGCCCCCACCAAGAUCGCCACGCCACAUUGAGCUUGAUGGGCGAACGCUCGAGGGGGGCGGACAAUUGAUUCGUAAUGCAUUAGCUCUGUCAGCCCUCACCAGCCGCCCAGUGACGAUAGAUCACGUCCGCGGAAAUAGAGGAGGGAAAACAGGACUGAAGACUUCCCAUGCAGCGGCGGUCAAACUACUGGCCGAGAUCAGCCGCAGCAAAGUUACUGGCGGACAAGUCGGAUCAAAAUGCGUGACGUUUGAGCCCGAAGCUCCCGCGAGCGAGGAGUCAACCUCGACGAAAACAGGCCAUCAGUCGCCUUUGGUUUCCUUGUCGGAGUUGUCUGUCCAGCCUGAAUACACCAUUCAGCUACCGACACCGGGAUCGGUAUUCUUGAUCUUCCAAGCCUUGUAUCCCUACCUCCUCCACGUUGGAUCGCGAGCAGGGACGAAUUGCGUAAAAGUGACUAUUACCGGUGGAACAAAUGGGACCAGCUCGCCAUCUUACGACUAUGCUUCUCAAGUCAUGGCGCCCAAUUUCGCCCGCCUUGGUCUUCCUCCUCUUUCCAUCAACCUACAUAAGCGUGGAUGGACGGUCGGGCCCAUUGAAAUGGGGACCGUCACAUUCCAUAUCCACCCUUUGGGUGCAAUGGUGAAUGCUGAGGGUGUCCCCGAUACUCGCUUCCCACGAAUCAAUCUAAUGGACCACGAGCGAGGAAAGAUUACGCAGAUCGAUCUCACUGUUCUCGCACCAGACAGCACCCUAGUGGGUGAAUCCCAAACAGUUCGCAAGUACGUUGAGCAGCGGACUUGUCGACGUCUACGCAAGGCUCUGCAGGCUAUGGAUUCAUCGAAUUUUGAUAUCCGAUCGGUGCCCAUCAAACUCCACACAUCGGAGCCCACUACGCACAUGAGUCGGGUGUACAUUCUUCUUGUGGCUCAUACGUCUACGGGAUUCCGAAUUGGAACUGAUGGCUGGAUUGGUGGCCAAUGGGCUUCGGGCUCCCCAAAGAAGAAACACAAAAGCACCAAGGAAGCACAAAGGCAUCAUGAAAGAGGUGACACUCGGUCUAAGGACCAAGCCGAGGCUGCAAGCUACAUUGAUGCCGUACUGGAAGUCUUCAUUGAAGAUAUCUCUUACAAAGGUUGCGGCUCAUCCAAGGCUACGGAUAAAAGACCACCGUUGCUAGAUCUACAUAUGAGAGAUCAGGUUGUGGUGUUUGAGGCUCUAGGUGAGGCUCACGGGGUUGGUAGCGAUAACUCCAAUACUGACAAGUGCCGGCAACUGGAGAACGAGCAAUACUGGUCGUUGCAUACUCGGACUUCACAGUGGGUGUGUCAGAAGAUGCUGACAGAGACGCCCGAGUAA